AUGAUGAGAGAGUCAUCAUCACGAUCACGUUACAUACUGCCCUUGCUCGCUGCCUUACUUUCCCUCCACCCAACCAUCAUCUCUGCAUUCGACUACGGUGACGCCCUCAGCAAGACUUUGUUGUUCUUCGAGGCACAACGGUCGGGUAAACUACCUGCGAACCAGCAUGUAAAAUGGCGCGGUGACUCAGGCCUUGGCGACGGUCAUGGCCAAGGGGUGAACUUGGUUGGAGGAUAUUACGAUGGGGGAGAUCAUGUAAAGUUCGGGCUGCCCAUGGCGUUCGCUUCGACGAUGCUGUCGUGGAGCGCCGUUGAUUUCAAGACAGAGUUGGUGAAGUCCAAUCAAAUGGGACCCACUUUGGAAGCCAUCAAAUGGGGCACAGAUUACUUCAUAAAAGCUCAUCCUCAGCCUAAUGUUCUUUGGGGACAGGUCGGAGACGGAGUGUCGGACCAUUACUGCUGGGAGCGUGCAGAGGAUAUGACAAGCCCAAGGACGGCGUACAAGCUGGAUCCCGAGCAUCCCGGGUCGGACCUCGCGGGAGAAACCGCUGCUGCCCUGGCCGCUGCCUGCCUUGCCUUCAAGCCUUAUGAUUCCGCCUACUCUGACCUUCUGCUAGUGCAUGCUAAGCAGCUUUUCUCAUUUGCAGACAGAUUCAGAGGCUUUUACCAUGAUUCUGUUCCAUGUGCAAAGCAGUUCUAUACAUCAACUGGUUAUUCAGAUGAGCUGCUGUGGGCUGCAACGUGGCUGUAUCGCGCUACAAAUGACGAGUAUUAUCUGAAAUAUGUCGUCGAAAACUGUGAGUCAUUGGGUGGAACUGGAUGGGCUGUGAAGGAGUUCUCUUGGGACAACAAGUAUGCUGGAGUUCAGAUUGUUCUGUCAAAGGUAUUGAUGGAUGGAGGUGGAGGAGCAUACACUUCCACACUGCAGCAAUAUCAAGCCAAGGCUGAUUACUUCACAUGUGCCUGCAUGCAGAAGAACGACGGCUACAACGUCCCAAUGACUCCUGGUGGACUGCUCUAUCUACAUCAAUGGAACAAUCUACAGUAUUCUGCCUCUGCUGCAUUCGCUAUUGCUGUCUACUCCGAAUAUCUUGCAAAGGCGAAAGGCGUUGUGAAAUGCCCAGAAGCCCAACUCCAGCCUCAAGAUCUCCUAGUGUUUGCCAAAUCACAAGCUGAUUACAUUCUUGGCAAGAAUCCCAAGAACUUGAGCUAUGUAGUCGGCUGUGGUGACAACUAUCCGGUCCAUGUUCAUCACAGAGGUGCAUCUAUUGCUCCCAUCUCCCUUCUCCGUUCUGCAGUGGGAUGCGUUGAUGGAUUUGAGAAGUGGUACAAACGCUUGGAGGCCAAUCCUAACAUCAUAUAUGGAGCCCUUGUCGGCGGUCCAAAUGCCAACGAUGAGUUCAUCGAUGAUAGAUCUAAUUAUGAGCAGACUGAGCCAACAUUGUCAGGAGCAGCCCCUCUUGUAGGCCUAUUCUGCAAACUCCACAGCCUUCCUGGAAAGUCUGCAGAUUCAUAUAAGAAAGAAACACCGAAACCUUCCACUCCUUACCACAAGCCACAAGGAUCAUCACCCACAUCUACACCAGCCUCCACACCCAAAUCAGACACCCCCAUAGAGUUUCUUCACUCAAUCACAAAAACAUGGACUGUGGGGAAGGAAACGUAUUACCGGCACAAGGUUGUAAUGAAGAAUGUUUCCAAUAAGCCAAUUUCAGAGAUGAAGCUCUACUUUGAAAAUCUGACGGGAUCGUUGUGGGGUCUCAUUCCGACAAAAGAGAAAAACAUGUAUCAAUUCCCUCAAUGGCUCAAGGUGUUGAAUCCUGGCUCUGAAUGCAGUUUCGUCUACAUUCAAGGCGGUGCUCAAGCCAAGAUUUCUAUUCAAAGCUACCAUUAAUUUUUAAGCAUUUCAAUUAACAAAUUUCCUACACAUAUGUACGACAAACAAAUUAAUUUGAUUUUUGGGCCUUUUUGACUAUUUGUAUCGUAACACUUCAAUAUUUGUUAUACUUCAUUUUCAUUCAUUAUAACUUGGGUUGGAAGUUGUAUAUUCUCUUUUUUGUAACACUUCAAUAUUUGUUAUACUUCAUUUUCAUUCAUUAUAA